AUUCGGAUGAACGACACAAAACAUCAAGCGAAAUGCUGCAGAGUCAUCGAGAUGCGUUGGACCGCAAUCUCGUUUCGUUUGAGAGGUAUCUGGACUACGAAUCGUUGUUGCCGUACCUUCACGAUGGCAAAAUCUUGACCGAUUUCCACGUCGAACAGCUCGAGCAGGAAUCAACACCAUCUUCUCGCCGCAUUCACUUCAUCGGUAUGAUCAAAAGGCGUGGACCCAAGGCUUUUCGGGCAUUGUGCGAGGCGCUUCAAAGGACGGGUCAAUAUCAACUUAUCGAUUGUUUGCGGAAGACCCUUGGCGAAGAAAAUUUCUUUCCGGAAAUCGAAACGCUGAGGAAAGCAUCAAGCGAGAACGACGACGAACAGCUGCCCGUUUCCCCUUCGUCCGGUGUCGUGACAAAUGAAAUCUUCUACGAACAUCUCUUAGAACAGUGUAAAGUUGUCGAGGCCACGGAUGGCAUAUUGGACGUGAAGGUUAUCGCGGCGGCGUCUCUUCCCGAGCGAUAUAACGAGAAGGAAGUACGCGUUUUAGUGCUUGCUUUGCAUUAUUGUAUUUUAAUCCUUGCAAUGAUAAAGUUCGCACGUGAAGUGAGUGGAAAUUCAUUGCCUGAACAAGUGAUGAUUGUACGAUGACA